GGUCCUUGUACCGACUAAUCUGAGGGCUGACAUGGGUGCAACAGAAAUAUUAUUAACAUGGGGGCCUCCACAAGGAGUGAGAGGACUCAUGUCCUACGAGGUGGAGUGGAAGAAAAAGACCGAGUCAGAGUGGACAAAGGCGCUGACAAAGGAUCACAGGUACCUUCUUAAAGACCUUCCUGCAGAUACAGAUUUCGACAUUAAAGUUUCUGCUUAUGAGAGGGCCCGUAAACCACCACCCCCUACUCCACCAGAAGAGGAAAAAGAGGAACAAGAAGAAGAAAAAAGCCAGUAUCCUCAAGAUAUCCAUGUCAAUGAACGGUCUCAAGAUGAACUAGAGGUCACCUGGCAUCCCCCUAAAGCUUUCCAGAAUUCAAAUUUGAACUACCUUGUUAACUGUUACAAAGUUGAUGAACAGAAGAUACAUACUAAAAUCCAUGAAGUCAUUGCCGAUACAACUAAGUGUGUUCUCGAUCAUCUUGAAAAAGAAGUGACUUAUAAGAUCAGUAUAUGGUCUAUGCAGGCUUCAACUCAGAAGAAGAAAGGACUCCCUAGUCAGACGAAGUAUAUGAUAAAAGAGAAAGUUGGUGUAAUUUCUAAUUUAGCCGAGGAACCUCAAAAGUUGAGAGCAGUUUCAACGUCAUAUGAUUCGAUAACUCUUUAUUGGCCUCUUCCAUUAGAAGGAAGACAAACACACUAUUAUGCCAAAUAUAGGGAGAAAUCGUCAACAGACCCUUUCAAAAGAACAUAUUUACUCUUAAAUGAAACGGAAGAAAACCAAGUCCAUAUUCUUAACUUUUUGAACAGUAACACGGAAUAUGUUAUUAAGAUAUUUGCUGAAAAAUUGAAGAUUCUGAAUGAAGUGACAGUCAAAACGUUACCUAAGCAUCAGCCUAGAGAGCUCCGAGCAAAGCGUGUAACUCCUUUUGAAAUUGAACUUGAAUGGGAACCUCCAAACAUCUCCCUCAGAAAGGUAUAUACCUACACUAUUUCGUACCAUUCCAAGAAUUCCCCAGUAAGCACAGUACAGACAAGGAGAGACGUGUAUGUUUUGAAGGAAUUGGUUCCUGACGUCGUAUAUACAAUUUGGGUAGCAGCCGAAAAAGAGGGUCUUAAAGGGGACCCAACAGAUCCCAUAGAAUGCCACACACCACGUUGUGGUCCCCAGAAUCUACAAGUAGAUGCUCUUGAGCGACAAAUUCGUGUUUACUGGGACGAAGCUAUUGUACCAGCAGAAACAGAGAGCCUGAAUUACAGAGUGUGUCUUCAGAAUGAUAACAAUCGCGCAAUAGAAGGUGAAGUACUUCCAACCCCGGAAGCCAAAUAUGAUUACGCUUGUUAUUUCCGGAAUUUAUGGACAGAUACCAAUUAUACUCUAGUCAUGACGACCAUAAUAGAUGAAGGCGACUGGGAUCCGCCUACAGAAUUGCAUAUCAAAACUAGAAGAGAUGGUCUGGUAGACGGUUUUGUACAACCAACAAAAAUAAAAGCAUUCCUAGGAGCAAACGACAUCAAGAUAACAUGGCAGCCUCCCCUGCACACCAAAAGAGGUACAAUGAUGUAUCGAAUAGAAUGGCGGGAAAAAGCAAAGCCAGCAGCUGAAACAAAUAAGGCGGAUACUAAAGGACAUACUUAUGUUAUCAAAAAGCUUAUGCCGAAUACAGAGUACGACGUCAGGUUACUAGCCUACGUGCCUGGGUCAUUACCAACGGAGGAAAAAAAGAAAUCGGAGGUUGCCAAAGAUUUGGCUCAUGAACCAUUCCAAAAGAUUCCUGAAGGAUCGAAAAUUGCUCAAGCAGGAACUGAUCUGGCUAUUAUGAAGGCUAGAAUUGAAGAAAUGGAUAAAAUAAUUAAGUCAAUGCCUAAACAGAUGGAAACAGUUGAAGAAGAAGUUGUGUUCAUCAUCGUUAAUGAUUUGUUCAAGAAGAGUAAACCACUUCCUAUCUUGAAGAAAACAUUAGCUAAUCUGUUAAAGUUGUUUGAGAGAGACAUGAUAGUUAAGGACGACCUCAUAGUAAAAAUUCACAAUGGUGGGAAAGAUGACAUUAUACAAGAGCUACAGAAAAUCACAUCUCGGAAGGAUUUCAUUAGCUACAGUAUGUUCAUGUGUUUUAUCGCAACCCAUGGGAAUUUGGAAGGGUUUAACACGAGUGAUGAAUACACUGUUUCUUACCAGGAUCUUUUUGGACUAGUUUCUCGAAAACAUUGGAAAGAUUUCUCGGACAAACCGAAGAUUUUUUUUAUAGAUACAUGUCGCACACGCAUGGACAAGAGAGGAUUAUAUCCAAAAUCUCUGCAAAUCGAGGAGCUGUCUACACAUGAAUUAUCUGUAAAAUGGAUGCCUCCAGAGUUUUUUGAGCAUUUUGAAUUAAACUAUUUGGUAAACCUCUACGAGAUAGAUGGUAACAAAAUGUGGAUUAAAAAGAGAGAGAUAGUUUCCCAGGAACCCAGUUGCUACCUAAACGAUCUCAAUGCCAUGACAACCUAUAAAAUAAGUGUUUGGCCAGUGCUGGCCAAGACACAGAAAAAGAAAGGUUGGCCAAAUCAUACAAAAUAUAUCAUUCGAGACGUGGAGGAAAGAAAGGAAAUUCAGAUGGUGGCCGCAUCUACUCAUUCUGUGACCAUAUCAUGGUGGUUGGAUGAUGACGUACAGGAUCAAAGAUUUACAGCUAAAUGCAGAAAGAAAGCCGGAGGAGACGAAAUUUCCGAAGAGCUGGAAAUCGUGCAUGGGAACCAACAGACACAUAUGAUUGACUACCUCAGUAGUAAUACUGCCUACCUCAUAGGGAUAUACAUCGGAUCUAUGGUUUAUCUCCCGGAAGUCGAAAUUAAAACAAGGGCCAAAUUACAACCACAAAACUUGAAGUUUGAAAGUGUGCAGUCCUUUGAAAUUGUUGUUUCCUGGGAACCACCGCUUCAACAAUUUCAUGGAAUAUCACAUUACUUAGUAGAAUACAGAUCAAAAUUUAUCAUUGACUUUGUGGAAGUAUCUGCAAAACCACUUUCACAUAAGUAUGAAUGUAAGCUUACUGAGAUGGAACCAGACAUGGUAUACAAAGUACGAGUCUUUGCUGAAAAGGACAAAGCAAAAGGAGACCCGACGGAUUUUAUUCAGUGCCGAACUCCAAAAGUUGGUCCAGUGGAUUUAGAAAUAAAAACGGACACUACAUCGAUAUCGAUAUUUUGGAACGAUGCUAUACUUCAAAAUUCAAAAUCUACAAUAGCAUAUAGACUUUCGUUACAUUAUGAUGGUCUAAAAAUAACUAAUGGAUCUGUGGUUGAGUCCAAAAAGAAAGACCCCGCUCACAAAUACAGCUGCAGGUUUUCUGAUCUAUGGACUGGAACACAGUACAAGCUAACAAUUCUCACCGUAUCAGAUGACCGCGUAUGGGAUCCUCCGAUCAUUAUGGAUGUUAAAACAAAGAAAGACAGAAACAGAACAAGCUUAGAACCAAGGGACAGUAACUUCUGCAUUGUAUACAGCGAUUCAUUAACCGGGACAAGCAAGGGAACGGACGGCUGGUUUAUAAAUUCAGUGAUAAAGAAUAUCAGGAACAGAUACUUACAACACAAUCUGGAGGAUAUAGUAGGCUUCAUACUGGAGGAUAUUCCAAGGCGACAGAAGAAAAAGCUCCGAGAUCCCAUUGUUAUAUCUUCUGUAAAAUCUAGCAUUGCUAUCUAG